UGGAGGCUAUGGCGGAGACGAAAUCCAUCAAUGCGCAGCCGAGAAUGCGCAGGUAUGCUGUGGCUGGAGCAGGAUUUGCUGGUGUUUCCGUGGCCUGGCAUCUCUUACAGGUUCUUUUUCUCGGCAAUGAUCGUUGAUCGAUCACGCGUUUCCGUAGAGGUUUUCUUUUUGGUUUUUACUUUCGCGCAGUUCACGAAUCCAUCCGUGUCAGUCAGUGUUGAGCUCUUUGAUGAGAGAGGCAUUGCCGCUGGAGCGUCCGGUGCGUCCGGAGGAUUGCUCCAUCCAUUUUCUCCAACAGGAAAAUUACUCUGGAAAGGUGCCGAAGGAUUUCGAGCAUCGCUGGAUUUGGUGGCUGUUGCCGAGUCGAUGGUCCCAGAAGACGAUGAGCCAAUCUCAUGGAAAAGGGGGAUCUUAAGACCUGCUCUUUGCGAGAAGCACACCCGGAACUUCCGAAAGAAUGUGGAUUGCAGCAAUGGUAGCGCUGGAGCGCCAAGAAUUCUCACCGCAAGAGAGGCCAAAGAACUACUUCCAGGGCUUUUCAUGCAAGACGAUCUCCUUGCGUUGCACAUCCGCGCGGGAAUAAACAUCGAUCCAAAGCGCUACCUGGAAGCACUGUGGAAAGCAUGCCUCUCGUUCGCAAACUCCGCGCGAAUGUCAGGCUGCCCUGGAACGAAAGCAUCACUUCACAAGCGUCGCAUCGCCAGUAUCUGCGAUCUCUCAGAUUACGACGCUGUGGUACUUUGCCUGGGCGCUCAAGCUCCAUUGCUACCAGAACUCCAGGGAAAGUUACCACUUACGCCGUGCCGAGGAGUCGUAGCACAAAUGGAGCUGCCAGAGAAAAGGAGUGAACAGUUCAAUGGCACGGCACCUAGUGUUUUGUCCCGAUCAUGGUUGGCAUUCCAGGGAAAGAGAAGGCUGCUGCUUGGAGCCACGAAAGAGGCCUUCAUCUCCCCAUCGCCAAGAGCACAAGAUUUGUCAGCCCUGGAAGAGCUUUACCAGAAAGCCAGGCAGCUUUAUCCCGGCAUCUCACAGUGGGAAGUAACUGGCUUGCGAGAAGGCAUCCGAGCGUUGCCACCGCGAUAUGGUGAUCUGGGAGCGAUCCCUUUGGUUGGAAGCCUGGAUGGUGAUGUGAGAACUUUGGAGUCACCAGCAAGGAAUGGCAAAUGCCGGCCUCCUCGCUUGUGGAUUUUUGGAGGGCUUGGUUCCAGGGGCCUGGUAUACCACGCGUGGCUGGGAAGCAAAGUCGCCCAGGCCGUGGUUCUCGAGAACCAAGAGGUUCUUCCGCAAGAAGCGCGCCAGUGGAAAAACCUCACGUAAAGGGUUUAAAGAGAUUUUAAAAGUAUACCAAGGGUUUAGGGUUUAUGGAGGCUGAUGAAAGUUUGUCUAGGGAGUGCUUCACAUUGGACGAUCCCUCACCGCCAAGAUCGUGGAUUUCAUAGACGUCAAAGUGCCAAUCCUGGUGGAAUGUAUUUUCGGCGAUCCCCCAGAGGGAACUACACUCUUGGAUGAAGUGGGAUUUCACGGUAUUCGCUUCAUAGUCGGGCCUCCCGGGAAAAUCUACAAGCGUGUUCGUGGCCGCCAAGUUCUUGUCCAGUUGCUACGUACGCGGCCGAGAAGCCAGUGACAAGGCGCAUUGCGUUUGUGUCGAGCGAUGGCAAACCCGUAGAGGGCUGUAGCCGCGGCUAUCCAAGCAGCCUGUGAUCGCGAUGGGGAUUCCGAGGAGCUGGCUCUUCUCAAGUCUUGGACUCGUUUCUACGAGAGUCUCGUCUGCGGUAUACUAUGUGGUGGACGAUGGCGAGAACAUCUCCGCUUCAAGCGACACUGCGUAUUUCCUGGCCAGUUUGGUGCCUACAUGCGCGCUUGUUUACUGCGCUUCCUUGUCUAGCGACUGGAUGAACGUAAUCCGGCAUCAUAAAAUUCACAACUUCAUGAUCGUAGGGUCUCAAGGUAUGUGUGUGAUUGAGUUCUCAUGCAAGGUAUGAUCGAGCUCUCUUUCUAGAA